CAAGUCCGUGACAAUAGGCACCCCGCUUGCAAGGCCAAGGACAAGACCAAAGGGACCCAAAAGAUCAGAUCGUGCGAUGUCGUUUCAAAUCAUAGGUUGGUCACUUGGCCUGGCCGGCAGGGUUUGAAUUUCUCUGGCUACUCUGCUUCGGCUAUUUUGGAUCGGCUAGAGGAUAAUGAUAAUGAUGGUCAUGACAGAGAUGUGGAUGGGUAUGAUGGUUCAUGUGGUAAUGAUGAUUUGGAUCAUGUGGUGGUGGGAUUUCACAUUGCGAUAAAUAAUGGUGAUGACAAUGAAAAUGGUAAUAAUGUUGAUGACGAUGAAAAUGGUAAUAAUGUUGGUGAUGUGAUGGACCAAGCAGAAGGAGAUGAGGAUUGGUGUCUAGUGGGGGAAAUGUGAUGUAAAGUCUGAAGAUUGUUCACCAUAUCUUCCUCCUUUUCCAUAACAUUGUUAUGCUUUCUAAAUUGUAUUUUCUAUGAAGUUAUAAUUCACUAAUUCUCUUUGUUUAUAUUAAAGCCAACCAAAAAGAAAAAAAAAAAAAUUGCUCUUUGUUUUAUGAA